GCGCCGUUUGUUACCGGUAUCUCGGGGCUCAGCUCGGAUCUUGGGGCACUUUCGGCGGGGACCCCGGGGCGGAGCCGCCCUCGCCCAGCCUGCGGUGGCCGGGAGGGGCCGGUGCCAGCAGCGCCGCCGGUCCCCGGGGAUGGGCUCCGCCGGGGCGCCCGCCGCUUAGCCCGGCUCUGCUCGGCACGGCCCGGCCCGGGGCACAGCGGGGCCACGCAGCAUGGCCGCGGAGCUCAGCGCCGAGGAGGAGCAGGCGACCAAGCAGUUCCUGGAGGAGAUCAACAAGUGGACGGGCCAGUACAAUGUGUCCCCGCUCUCCUGGAACGUGGCCGUCAAGUUCCUCAUGGCCCGCAAGUUCGACGUCCUGCGCGCCAUCGAGCUCUUCCACUCCUACCGGGAGACGCGGCUGAAGGAGGGCAUCGUGAAGCUGAAGCCACACGAGGAGCCGCUGCGCUCGGAGCUGCUCAGUGGCAAGUUCACCAUCCUGAGCGUGCGGGACCCCUCGGGAGCCUCCAUCGCCCUCUUCACAGCCAAGCUGCACCACCCCAGCAAGAGCGUGCAGCAUGUGGUGCUCCAGGCGCUCUUCUACCUGCUGGACCGAGCGGUGGAGAGCUUCGAAACGCAGAGGAACGGGCUGGUGUUCAUCUACGACAUGGCAGGCUCGCAGUACACCAACUUUGAGCUGGACCUCAGCAAGAAGAUCCUCAACCUGCUCAAGGGAGCCUUCCCGGCCCGGCUCAAGAAGGUUUUCAUCGUGGGAGCGCCCAUGUGGUUCCGUGUGCCCUACUCCAUCAUCAGCCUGCUGCUCAAGGAGAAGCUGCGGGAGCGGGUGCAGAUGGUGAAGAUGUCGGAGCUGAAGGAGCACCUGCCCCGGGAAUGCCUCCCCGAGUACCUCGGGGGGUCCCUCAGACUGGACCCCCUGAGCUGGAACUGCCGGUUCCUGCCGCAGCAGAACGGGCACCCCGACCCCCUGGACGAGCUCAUCCUGGUGCCGCUGGCGGCCCCCAAAGACAACGGCUCCGUCCACGUCCCCGGGCCCAAGUCCGUGACGCUGCAGGAGCUGCUGGAGCACGUCAGCCUCAAGCAGAAACGCGGCAUCUAUGAGGAGUACGAAGACAUUCGGCGCAGGAGCCCCGCGGGCACCUUUGUGUGCUCUUUGGCACCCUACAACCAGGAGAAGAACCGGUAUGGGGACGUGCCCUGCCUGGACCAAACCCGUGUCAAGCUGGCGAAGCCGUACAGCCGCCCAGAGCUGACUGACUACAUCAACGCGAGCUUCAUGGAUGGCUACAAGCAGAGGAACGCUUACAUCGGGACUCAGGGGCCUCUGGAAAACACCUAUGGGGACUUCUGGCGCAUGGUGUGGGAGCAGAACGUCCUGGUGAUCGUGAUGACAACCCGGCUGGAGGAGGGAGGCAGGAGGAAGUGCGGGCAGUACUGGCCCCUGGAGAAGGACACGAAGGUGUGCUUUGGGGCGCUGACCAUCACCAACCUGGGCGUGGAGAACCUCAGCCACUACAAGAAAACCAUCCUGGAGAUCCACAGCUCGGAGACCAGGGAGCGGCGGCUCGUGUCCCACUUCCAGUACCUGAGCUGGCCGGAUUACGGCGUCCCCUCCUCUGCUGCCACCCUCAUUGACUUCCUGGGGGCUGUGAAGCAGCAGCAGCGGGUGGCAGUCAGUGCCCUGGGACCUCGCUUCAAGGGUCACCCAGGGGGACCCCCAGUCGUGGUGCACUGCAGCGCUGGCAUCGGCAGGACAGGUACCUUCUGCGCCCUGGACAUCUGCCUGUCGCAGCUGCAGGACGUGGGCACGCUCAACAUCUACCAGACGGUGCUGCGCAUGCGGAGCCAGCGCGCCUUCAGCAUCCAGACCCCCGAGCAGUAUUACUUCUGUUACACCGCCAUCCUGGAGCACGCCCAGCGCGAGGGGCUCCUGCUCACCAACCACAGCCGGCCCGCCCCGGACAAGAGCUCGCCGGGACACUGAGACCCACAGGACCCGGGGCUGCCAGAGCCGCCUCUGCGCCCACCGGGACCCAGCAGUGUGC